GUCUUCGGAUGCGCAACGGUCAUAAUAUGUAUGCUAAUAUAGUAAUCAAUAUAGAGACUGCCGUAUAAGAUAAGGAGAGGCAUCCCGUCGAUCUCCGUUGAUAUUAAUAUCCCGUGUGCGUGUAGAAACCAGACUUCGAUAUUCUCGUUGCCCGGCAGGCUUCAGUGUAGUCUGUAGUCGGUACUCCAGAUGAUAUAUAAUACUCCAACAUGUCCGAGAAAUGAAAGCGAGAUGUGCAGCCACAAACGCGCAAGGACAUGGAAACUGGUGGAUGUGGCUAGGGGUGAGUUGAUGCAUCACCGGAAGAAGCGCGGCUGCUGAAAGCCUGAAACUCUGGCUGCUUGCCUUGAGCACAAACAAUGGUAGCUCGAUGGGCAGAAUUCGUUUUUCUGAAAAGCUGCGAUGUUGCCGGAGUACUCUGUAGGGAUAAGGGAAUUGACUACCUAGUACCUCGUAUGUAGAAACGUAGCCAUGGCAGGUAAUACUAGGACAGUGCAGAGGUUGAGCUCGUGUGGAUAUAGCGUCUGCUAGUGAGAUUAUCACCACGCCAUCAGCCUCGCGUUGUCCACUAGCAGGCGAUCAUCCGUGUCAACCAGGAAAAUUGUCCCUCGUGGCCUUCUUCUGUCUCUCCUUUCACAUCUCUCUCUCCUCCGUCCUGCCAGUUUCAUGUCCCAUCUUUGUCCCUCCCUUUGUCUCGUCUCGUUGCGGUCCCUUCGCGCCCUUUGUCCUCUGCCGGACGUUGAUGCCUCCCAGCCGCCUCACCCCACCAUCUCUGCCUGCAGAAGUUCCUCAACUUCCUCCGUAUGCGCUUCUCCCAUCUCCGACCGUUCCUGUCUUGCCUCCAGAAACACAACAACAACGCCUGCUGUCUCCCUACCACUGCCGUCAUUCCUUUUCUUCCAUAUCCCAUUCCAUGCUGACGGACAAUUCUUUCUGCUAGCCCCUGCCCGUCUCCUCCGUUCAGCCGCCACUAUCUGCCGCUGACUCUGUUCGACCUUGACGGGUGCCAGUGCGACCUUCGAUUGGCCUCAUACCGCUUUAUUCGCCUGCUGCAUCCCUGCCCCUUCUUCAACCUCCCGCCCGUUCAAUCAAUAGGAUUGCCAUAAUAAUACCAUUACUUCCCUCUUUUUAUUAUUAUCACUGUUAUCGUCCAAGCCACGCAUUGUUCGAUUCUUGUUCAGGCUUCCCGUCUAUCUUGAACCUUCUGACAACCGCCUCUGCUGCCCGAAACGCCCUGAUUUCCCCGGCUGGAUCGUGCUUCUCUGCGUUGUCUCUCUUCCUCUCGGGUUGCGUCAAACGACACCCACCUAUCAUACAGACCACUUCACUUCACUUGUAACGCCUCGUGAUCGAUAUUCACCGCCGCGUCGCUUCACCUUCGAGUCUAGCUUGCGCCCCACUUUAACGCAAUCUCCCUGUCUCCUCCCUCCUCUCCCACGUUUCUCUUCCCCGACCGUGUGUAUACUUUACUAGCUAAGUCCCACAUCACUUCGUGUCUCUUCAACCGAACAGCAGCGCCAGUACUUGUUUGCACGUGGUCAGUGCCUUCAGCGAAUGCUUGCGUCAAACAAGGUCUCUCGCGGAUUGAUCCCCAACUCCCCAUUGCUGGGGCUGCGGAUAUGAAUCCGGCAAACAUCCCCAACGUCGGCGGGGCCAUGCCUGCCGUGGCCAGGCCUCAUGGCCAGGUUCAAGGCCCCUUGAAGAACGAGAAUACCCAUAUGAUCAUGGCUCAUAUCGCACAAAUCCUGCAGAAUCAGCCCCCGUUUACCGGCUGGAGAUCCGAAGUCUCGGUCAAGGACAGGGCCGUCAAGGUCUACCAAUUGAUGACUUCUCUUCGACUUAUUCAACCGCAGAUUGGUCUUCAGAGUGCAGCUCAGUUUGCUAUGUCCUUUGAACAUAAGGCAUUUAAAGAGGCUAGAGAGAAGGCCGAUUACGAAAAAGAAUACACCGAUAAAAUUAUCCAAAUUCGCGACACUCGAGUCAGGCAGGCUGCUGUCAUGCAGGGUGGCAUGAUGCCACAAGGCGCGCCGCCAGCAGCAGGAAUGCCUGGUAUGGGACAGAACCAAGGCCAGACCCCUUUCCAGCAGAUGAAUCGCCCGGUGCAAGCUUCCCCUCUCCAAGAUCAGCAGCCCAUGCCUGCGGUUAUCGCCGAACCGAACCACCAACAGCAACAGCAGUCCCAGCCUCAGCAACAGACAGCACAGAAUAUUAUGCAACAAUCACGGCAACCGCCUCGACCUGCAAACGGGCUAGCCCUCCCGGAUGAUUUCAAUUCACUGUCUCCCCAGGAGUAUGAACACGUUUGUCGACUAGCCAACCAAAUGCUUGCGAACACCUCCCCAGAGCAUAUGGAGCGGAUUAAAAUGAAUCUCCAGGACAUGUCGCCGGAGCAAAGACAGUAUCUUUCGCGUAAAAACCUCGAGCCAAUCACCUAUUUCUUCCGAGUACAAGCGCUCGAUCGAUUGAGGCGACAUAAACGGACCCGUAGAGAAAUGGCUCGCGCGCAGAAUGUCGGCGUCGAUCCCAACGGUGCGAUGAUGGGAGAUCCUAUGAUGAAUCCCCAACAGCGCCAGAUGGUCCAGAACAUGAUGAGCCUCCAGCGCAAUUCGGCAUUUCCGGUUGGUGGCCAGCAAAAUUUCGAUCCCUCCUUUAUGGGCAAUGUUGAGAAUAUACAGGGCCAGCAGGCAGACGGCCUGCGUUCGCAGGAAGCUGGACAACUUGUUGUACCAGCCAGCUCAUCACAGAUGAACCAGCAGCCGUUUCCGAACCCUCAAGGAGUCUUUCAGGUUGGGCAACCGCUCCCCCAAAACGGCCAGCCAAACAUUACCGGUGCCAGCAUGAGCCCUCAAUUUCUCACCCAACAGCACCUUCCAAAUGCGGCUGGGGUGCAGCCAGAUAGAGCACAACUUCAAGCACAGUCGCAGGCACAUGCACGAAUGGAAGCUGCUCAAAAAGCUCAAAUGGCCAUGUCAUCGCAGGCUGGACAAACAAAUCCCCAACUAGCCUCGCAGAUUCCUCCACAGAGUCCUGCUAUGUCAAUGUUGAAUCGGCCGAUGUCCUCGGCGCAAAUUUCUCCGGCGCAGUCUCAUGUGCGGCCUCCGUCGAGACCUCCAGCCAUGCCACAACAGCCUAUUAAUGUUCAGUCCUUCGCGGGCCAGCCUACACUUCCAGGCCGGCCUCAGAUUCCUCCUGGACUCCCACCAGCUCUGCAGGAACAUCUGGCUCAACUAAACCCUGACCAACUAAAGGCCUUUCUGAUGACCCAACAUCAGCGUGCGCUGGCCAACCAGAGGGGCAUGCAGCAGAACGUUUCCGUGGCAGGCCAAGGACAGCAGACUGGGAGCGGCCAGAUGAGCAAUAACCAGAACCUGAUGGCUGCUAUGGGUCUUCAGCAGCCGAUCCCGGGAAUCGGCGGACCCCAGGCCCAAAACCAGAUGCUUCAAGGUGGCCAGCAACAACAACGUCAACAACCCGCACCGCAACUGACGUUGCAGCAACAGCAAGCCCAGCAACGUCACGAUGAUUUUUACAAGUUGCAGCUUCUUCGUCAAAGUGGCUUUGAAAUGACCCCGGAUCAAGUGAGGGAGAUGGAUCAAUUGCCUUUCCCGCCAGCGAUUCUCAACAUGAAUCCGAACAUGAGCCCUCCUAUUCCGAAAAAUAUCACAACCUGGGGUCAACUGAAGCACUGGGCAACUGCGAACCCACAGGUCUUGGAUCUCUCAAAGUUGAUCGCUCUUCAAACACGCCACCUCGCCCAGAGGCUCGCUCAAGGAAAAGACGGCGGAAAUCGUAACCCUGGCCAGAACGGUCAAGGCAAUGGGAUUCCCAUGUUCCCUUUCCAAGGGCCUGCACGACCAUUCAUGAAUCCUUCGAAUCUUCCGUCUGGCCAGCAGCCCCAUCCUAUGAACCUGCUGAGUAUGCGACCGAUCACGCCGCAAGAAAUUCAGAUACUUCGCCAGCGACUCGGUCCACAAUCACAGAACUACAACGAUGAUCAACUUCGAAAAAUCCUGCAACGGAGUCCGCUAAGGAUUAUGCAAGCGCGGGUGGCACGGGAGUCUGCGGCGCAGAAUAUGGCAAGCCAAGGCCAGCAUGCCCUCCAGGCUCAACAGUCUCAAAUUCCUACCCAGGCACAAAACACGUCCCAAUCAAAACAACAAAGCACGCCACAGCCGCCGACCUCGCGACCAGGCCAGCAGUCACCGUCCAUUCAAGUCCCAGCACCUGCGAAGGGCACGAAGGCUACCUCAACUGGAAAGCAAGCUCCAAAGAAGCGGCCGCGCAGUGAUGAACCGGCGGAUGCGCCGAAUCCUGCUAUCCAGACAACCACUCAGCCAUUAGUCCAACCCAAUAUAACUAGUACUGCUCCUGCGCGGCCUAACGCACCGCCCACCCGGGGGGAUCAAAUGCUCCCCAAGCGUGGCCCGCUAGACGCCCAAGUGCGAAAGCAGCAACGCGGGCCCAUCAGUAGGGCUUUAGCGGAAGAGACCUGGAGUCACCUUCCAGAGAAGAUUAAACAACUAUAUGGUGACAUUCAAAAGAAUGUGCCAGCUGCAGAUCCCAUUUCUGUCUCGCCGGAACAAAAGGCUGCUAUGGCUCAGCAGCUUCGUGAAUGCACAGAUAUGCUUGCUAGGAUGGAUACUUUGGUCCAGUGGUUCGUCAGGUUCCCUAACCAAGAAAGGACGGUUAGGAGUCUAUUGACAAUACGUGUGCAACUGAUGAGGCAAUUCAAGCCUACCCCAGAGUGGGCUCUUAACGAAGACUUCACAAUUUCUCCUGAAUAUCUCUUAGGCAUAAUAAACUACGUGAAGAGGCUCUUCCGGAAUAUGAUUGACCGAGUCCAUCAACAUCAAAACCAGCCUUCUGCGCAACGGCCAAGUGUGUCUCAGGGUGCAGUUGCCUUGCAGCAGACGGGUUCGGCGAACCCCUCGGCUCUCAACGCGCAGAAUCUACAGCAGCUUCAACAAGAGGAAGAAGCAUUGCAGCAGGCACGACGUGCGUCAAGCCAGGCUGGUUCAGUGUCCAGUGCAAUUCCUCCGGCGCCAUUUGGGGCUCCGUCACCGUCUGGUGUUCCACAUGCAUAUGGCCCUGGGGGCUUUACGCCGGAAAAGCUGAAGAUACCUCCGAACAAGAAACGGAAGCAGUCACAUCCUGCUACUCCAGCCCAAGCGCAAGGGCCCGGGAUUUCAGCUUCCAAGCCCCAGGCACCCAAACAGCAAGCGGUGCAGGCUAAGCCGACUGCCCCCAUCGUCGGCGGUCCCUUCAAAUGCGGCGUAGUUGAAUGCCAGCACCACUAUCACGGUUUUCCGACGCAGACUCUACUGGACAAGCAUGUCCAAGAAAAUCAUAAAACUGAGGAACCAAUCGAGAAUGCACUCGACUUCGCACUGGAGAGUUUCCGCACUAGUCUCGUCAAAGAUAAUGAAAAGGUUGAAAGCCCCGAGCUAAAGAAAACCCCUACAGCUACCGCAGAUAUUCAGCAGGGCCUUAACAAACCCGCCACAACCAUGCCUCUUAUGAAGGAUGGGACGACGCCAAUGGUUCGCGGACCCAGUCAGCUUGGACCCAAGUUGACGCCGCCGGCGUCCAAUCAGCAAUUGACUCCUCGACAAUCUGCCGGUAAGGCACUUACCCCCUCCGCGCUGAAACCCACCAUGAGCAAAGACGGAAAGAAGGAGGCCGGAAAACCUGGGGAACAAGAGCCGUCUGCCGAAGAUGUGGUAAUGAAAGAUUCUUGGGCGGAUAGCGCUGUCUCUCUGGACGCAAUUCACGAUGCGUUCACGGAUUUCCGAGAUGAUGGCUUGCAGGGGUUGGGUUUCGAUCCCAUGGACGAAUUCCUGAACCCAGAGAUGUUUGUAAAUGCGCAGUCAAAGGAUACCCCGGACUCCGUUGACAGCACGGGAAUGGCUACUAGAACGCCAAGGGAUACCCAGGCGUCAAAGGGAGACGUCGAUGUUAAAAUUGAGGGUGUCUCCGACGACAGCUGGGUCCCCGCCGACUGGGUAAAUGUUCCCAGUCGGUUUGAGGGCGGUCUCAUGAGCAACUCAUGGGACGACAUCGACUGGGAGUCGAUGGACCGCAAAGACGGAGAUAUUACCUUCGACGAUGGCGGUAUCCCCGUCUUCGCGGUGUAGGUAGAGAGAGAAGGAUGGUUGCGGAUCAUAUAAGGAUGUCUGUUAUGAUCUAAAUGAACUAAUGGGAUGAUGUCGAUUUGAUCUUGUUUCUUUUCUUAUUUCUUUUAUGCACAUAUGUACUGCUGUGUAUAUCACUUUUGUUACUGGAGCAUGGGGUCCCGGUCUUAUCUUUCCUUGUUCUUCCCAUUUCCCCUUUGCUGGGCCUUCCCUCUUCUACUCUCGAAGGCCCCUAUCUACACAUUGGCUAUUUUGGCCAGCGAUGGCGUUUCUGUGGAAAAGACUUAGCUUAUGGUGGUUCGGCUGGUUAUAUGGGCUCCAAGGCGGCUCUUUGGAUUGCUCUUCACGGAUGGAGUUGUGUUUUGUGCUUUCCAUGGGAUACUGAUAAUAUGGUGAUACCUCCACAGCUCUUGCUAGCAGUUGUAUUAAUUUUAUCUAUGCAUUUCUCCAGCACAGCAUGCUGCUGUCUUGCUGUAA